GAAGGUACAAAGGAAUGGUAGCCAUUUUACGUGGAUAUCCCAUUCGGCGUAGCAGUAGUAUCCGCGUGAUUAUCGCGAAAAGUCAAAAUAAUCGUAAUUCGGGAUAUUCCAGUUUUUCGAAAUGCGUUAAAAAGUGUAAUUAUUGUCAAUUUGACGAAGACUUGUUGCAUUUAUCAAGUGGCAACACAACAGCAUGAUGUCAACAAAGUCUAAGGAGAUAGCUGAUGAGUAUAUCUCAUCUUUGUCUGAUCUGACGAUCAACAGCAAACCCUUGAUUAAUAUGCUUACAAUGCUAGCAGAGGACAACAUUGAACAUGCUCCAGCAAUUGUUCAAGCUGUUGAAAAUCAUCUACAAAAGGUGAGAAGUGACAUUAAAUUACCAGUGCUUUAUUUGAUUGAUUCAAUUGUGAAGAAUGUUAACGGGGCAUAUUUGAAUCUCUUCACACAAAAUAUUGUUAAUACUUUUUGUGGAGUGUUUGAAAAGGUGGAUGAAAAUACAAGAGCCAGCAUGUGGAAAUUAAGACAAACAUGGAACGAUGUAUUCCCUGCAAAGAAAUUAUUUUCCUUGGAUGUACGGGUACAAAGUAUUGAUCCUGCUUGGCCAAUCACUGCCUCUCCUACUAGUGUUUCUUCAGGAUCUAUUCAUGUUAAUCCUCGUUUCUUUUCAAUGCCUCAGCAAUCAACCCCAGCUAUUGUACCACCACCAAUUGUAGCACCUGUGAAGUUACCACCGGGUGAUCCCGUUACGCCCACAGAAGCAGCAAUGCGAGAACAGUUAUUGAAAAAACAACGGGAGCUAAUAGAAUUACAAAAGAAGAAGAUUGAAUUGGAACUCCUUCAGGCUAAAGCUAAUUUAGAACAGCAACAACGACAACUGGAUAAACAAGCAGGAAAUUUGAAAGCGGAAUUGGCUACAGCUACAACGCAUGUUACACCGACUACGGAAACUAUCACUCAAGGGAAACCUGUUGCAUCUACUACACCAACCCCAGCACCAAAGCAAGUAGCAAAACAGUUUCCAGCAGCAACUGCUUCGCUUCUAAAAAACGCAGGAACGAAUAAUGGUCCCCGAAUUGCUCCAGCUAGUAGUAUAGCAGUUGCCUCAGCUAAGCCUGUAUCUCGUGAUCCAAGACUAAAAACUACCACCACUUCGGCUCAAGAUGUACCGGUUACGUGUGUGGAUCCUCGGCAGCGUAUAAGUACACCAACUCAGAAGGAUUCGCGGGGUGAAGGCCAUACGCAGUUAGCGGCAAAUACAAACACUGUACUUUCAGAUCAAUUAAAACAGCAGUUACUUUCGAAACAGGCUGUAACUAGCACUAUCAACAAGUCUCCGACAAAUCUUGCCGGCUCCGAUACUGCGACGAUAAACGCUAGUAAUAACAAUAAUGCUAAUACGAACCUCAACAUAAAUAAUAACAAUAAAAAUUUCAGUGGUAACGCAAAUAAAGAUGCUGUGUCGCAUCGAACAAGUCAAAAGAAAGACCCUCGAUUGUCUAGUAAUAGUAGUGGUAACCUAAACAGUAAUAGUUCCAAAGGUUCUCAAAAUUUGUCUGUGGGUAGUAAUAGUUCUUUAUCAGCGAGUAACAGAGGGGGUGGGAGUAACGAUUCUAAGUCGAAAGAUUCAAAGAGCACAAAUUCACGGAGUACUUCGUCUUCGUCAAUCGAUAAAUCUUCCACUUCCUCGAAAUCCUCGCAUAGGAAGCCAGGUAACAAGUCGCGAUCUAAACAACCUCAAACAUCCCCGAAUAAGAUACCGAAAAUCGACCGAGAUGCAAGCCCUGUUAGGUCGAAAUCUCGUGAAAAAGACAGUGGAGACAGUUCACCAUCCUUGCGUACUUCUCCCCAAUCCUUUCAAACCUCUAAAAAUCGAAAGAAGAAUACAAAAUCCAGAAAACGCAGUCCAAGCCCUCCGUAUAGAAUUCCCAGGCGUAACGAUUCAAAAUCAAAUUCAAGUCUAAGCAGCUCCGGUGGUGUCACCGAGGAGGAACAAUCUGGUUCAUUAAUAGUAUCUCCUCCUCAUCCGCCUACGUUUAAAGAAAUCCGGCCGAAUGCUAGACAGAGAAAUUAUGUAAGGCGAAACAAGGAUGGCAGUCUUAGCCCCGUACGCUCUCCAGCAAAUGCUGGAAACGUUCAAACUUCAGCGGAACCAACUUUGGAAUCAUCCAGUAAAGACGAAGAUUUGAGAGCGACUCUACCUAUUCCAACGGCAACUGCUUCGGCAACAGAAAAAAAAGAGGACUUAGAUCUACGCGUAUUGCCACCGCCGGUUAAUACCAACAAAAGACAAAGUUCCGAACAUAUGGAAUCGACUUCGGCUAAGAAAACGAAAGCUGAAAAAUUUGACGCAUUAUUUGGAAACGAAGAUGUUGAUCUGAGAACGUUAACUCAUCCUAAAGCUGGACGACCACCAACACCUCCUCCGCCUGUGAUAUCUGGCGAAGAUGGCAAAGAUGGUUGGGCAAAACUGAAAACACCGUCGAAGAACGAUAGAGAAAAGCAAGCUAACAAUGCCGAUGAUAAACGUGACAGUCGUGAUCGUAAUAGAGACAGAUUGGGUAGGCUUAGGCUUUAUAAUAAACUUCCGGAUGAUCCUAAAGAAAGAAGAAGAACGUUAUCGAACGAAGAUCAAGACGGUAGAUCCGGUCGUAGGGGUCGAGAAAACGAUAAGCCUGAGAAAAAUGAAGAUAGAAAUAUUGAAAUAAUAAUGAAACAAGCGGCCGAACAAUUGAAUCAAGGUUCUAUCACUAAAACACAAUAUAAUACUCUUAUUCAAGAGGUUUUACAUAUGAGCGAAGAUCGUAAAUUGAGAGCUGCCCAAAGAAAAGAAAAAGAAGUAGGUUCUAUCGUUUGGGAGAAAGGUGUAAACUUAGAUAUAGCCGGUCAACCGGAUCGUACGACUACUUUUAGCCCUUCUAAUGAUAAAGAAAUACUAAGAAAUAAAGAUCAUCCCAUUCCAAGAAAUCUGAAUAGUCCUAGAUGGCAGAAUCAACCAUGGCAGCAACCAGGACCGUGGGCUCAUCCGCCAGGACCCCCGUACGGCGGUGGCCCGCAAGGACACUUUAAUUCAGAUUUCAGACCUGUCGGACCGUGGCAAAAUCCAAGACAUUUUGGACCAAUGCGACCUGAUUAUCAGUAUCAUGGUGGGUUCAAUACGAUUGGUCCAAAUCCACGUUUAGGCCCUGGAAUGAUGGGACCGAUAGGACCUAAUGGCCCGCUCAUGUCAAAUAUUCUAUCCAAUGGCCCAAUUGCUUCUAUGAGUAUGCCUAAUCCUAUAUCGUUAUCGGGUAUGAACGGACCUGGAAUGCUUAUGAAUAACGGACCAAUAUCGAAUCUUAUAUCAAAUACAAGUAUAUCUUCGUUGAACGCAUCGAGAAAUGCUUCGCCGAAUUCCUCGUCGAAAUACGAUCUUGAAGAUAACGAUCAAAAUUAUACUACGACGAUGAUGAAAAAUCAAAAUCCUCAUAGCCGUGAAUUACCACCUCCAGAUACAAAAUUAUUAGAUGAAAUUGCAAGGGACACUAUGAAAUCUAUAAACAUCGAUAGCAUACCACGUGAAAUUAGAUAUUACGGUCAAACUGGAGUUGUUUUCAUGAACUGGGAUGAUCCAAGAGAAAUUGGAUUCCAAGAUGGUAUACGACGAAUUUUAAUCGAUGACAAAGAUACUAUUACUUGCGCAUUUAAUGAUCAAUAUAAAGAAUUUAUGUACGAAGGUGAAGUUCACAGAAUUAAAUUGGGUGCUCCUACCAGAGAAUUAUACGUUGAUGAUCGAUGGUACGAAUGUUACUUUGGUGGUAUGCCUGUAACAGUAGAUCUUGGUGGUAAAAAAGUUAGUGUCAAAUUGGAAGGACCUCCACCCCACGUUAAAAUCGGCACUGUAAAGAGAACAGACUUGGUAGUUGCUAAAAUUAAUCUAAUUAUUAACGCACGGAACAUGGUUCCUGUAUUUUUGGAUUCAAAGCCACAGAUAUUCGAGAUCGAAGGAAAACCUCAUACAUUGGAAUUCAUAGAUUCAUUACAAACGGUACUUUUGAAUGGUCGACCGUUUAAAGUUGAGUUCGGAGGAUUGCCUAAGCCAAUUAUUGUUAGGGAUAAAAAACAUUUUAUAAGAUUUUCGGUAUUACCGAGAGGUGUUCGUCCAGGGUACGUUAAGAUUGCAGGUAUGAAAGGUGAAGAACCUAUCGAAUCACCGCCCACGCCACCUUUAAUGGCGCAAAAGCCGAAAGUAGAUUCAACGUCUGCACCAGCACAAUUCUCUUCCAUUGAACCUGAAUCGACGUCACAGGAUGGUUCGGAUCUAAGAUCUACACCCAAACCGGAUUUACAAUUAGACAUGUUAUCUUCGGUUUUACCAUCAGCGAUGGCACCAGCAUCUGGAUUAUCUUAUCAAGCUGAACCGGUGGAAAAUCCACCUACAACUACGCCAGCAUUAUCGAUACCUUUGAAUAUGAAUGAGUUGUUCCAGAGAUUAGUUGAAACCGGUAUCGUACCGAAUCUUUCUGAACCGAAAAAGCAAGAAGAGGAAGAAAAGAAAGAACCAGAAAUUAUCCCUGUUUCUUUUGAUAAACCAGAAACGCUUAAAGUUAAACAACCGGCUAUCGCCGCAGCAUUAUACAGUGGUAUGCAGUGCAGUUCCUGUGGUGCUAGAUUUGCGCCAGAACUAGCAACACGGUAUAGUCACCAUUUAGAUUGGCAUUUCAGACAAAAUAGACGAGAAAGAGAUUCUGCAAGAAAGGCUCAUUCACGACCUUGGUAUUACGACGUUAGCGAUUGGAUACAAUUUGAAGAAAUUGAAGAUCUGGAAGAUAGAGCACAAAGCUGGUUUGAAACAGAAAAGCAAACUGCGGAUACGGAAGGUAUUGCUGCGGAGGAUUCUCCUCAAGAAGCGUUACAACCUAGUGUUCCUACUGGAUCCGAUGAAGAUUCCAGGUGCCAAGUCUGUCACGAUGCAUUUGAACAAUUUUAUAACGAAGAGAAAGAAGAAUGGCAUUUAAGACCAGCAAUUAAUUUUGAAGGAAAGAAUUACCAUCCGUUGUGUCUUGAUGAUUACAAGAGAGCUUUGGAGAAAUCUGCAUUAGCCCUUGAAGAAACAAUUGAGGAGAUGGAAGAUGAGAAGAAAGAGAACUCCGAUGAAAUGUCUGCAGAAGAAAACAAGACUGAUGAAUUAACUGUAGAAGGGUUAAAUACUGAAUUCGAAACAGUAGAGCCAUCGAGCGGAAUAACGGAAGAUAAUGUAUCGCAAGAAAUGUUUGAAAUGGAAAAUGUAGAAGAACCUACGAUUACAGAUAAAUUAGAACAAGCUGAAAAAGCGGAAGAGCAAGAAUUAGAAUCUAGUAGUAAGGAGACUGAUGAACACACGGAAAAAGAUGUUGCAUCCACGAAAAUUGAAAUGGAUGCACCUGAAACAGAAAAUAUAGACAAAUCGUUUGAAAAUAUAAAAAUUAAAGAAGAACCGCUUGAUGAGCCUGAGGAACAACCAGAAGAAGAACAGUUCGAUUUCAGUAAUGUUGAAAUUAAGGAAGAACCUGUUGAUGCAGAACCAGAACCUGAAGAAAGCAUAAUAAGCGAGCCUGCAGCGGUGGAUACGACGUAUGCUGCUGUAAAAAGCUCCAUCGAUGGAAAUGUAGAAUUGGAUUCUACACCCGCAACAAUGCCAGCUGCGCCAUCUCGAAUUAAAAUUAACAUUACAAAACCAUUGUGUAUUAAUAAAGAACCGGAAGAAUCAAAGGAAAAGGAAAAACCUGUAGUUGAAACACCUGCUGAAGAAAUAAUAGAACCUUUGGUGCCUGCCUCUAUUAAACCUGCUUUGCAAGGUAGAAAACUGUCUGUUUUACCUCCUGUGGAGCGAGGGAAAGAGCUAUCUGGACUAUGCUCGAUUAUGUAAAUAAUGUAUGUAAUGUAUUUGGAGUAUGAGUAUGUGUAUGUGUGAGAGUGUGUAAAAAAAGAUUUGUGCGAUUCGAGUGUAUUUUAUGUUUAGCGCUACUUAAAGCUAAGUAUCGAUACAUUGUACAUCACAUUUGUGCAACUUAUACGACUUGAUACAACAUGGAUUUUAAACUUUCUUAUUUUUUUAUUGUAUAAUUCGUUCUUCUGCACUUUCGUUUAUAUUUCGUACGGUGGGUUUUAUUCAUUAAUUCACUAAUACGGUGAGAAAUUAAUCGUUUCUAACAAGCAUUAUUCUGUUAUUCAAAUAUCAUGUCGUAUAAGUUAAUUAUGUGUGUUAUAAUGUGUGGGAGUAUUAGUGUAUGCGUGUAUGUAGUUUUUAAAUUCUAAUUAAGGUGAAAAGAGAACAAGAACUGUAUAUAUUUAACGUAAUCGAAAUGGUUUAAUUAGAGUGAGGUAUGGUAUAGUAGCAUUCCCAAGAAUAUUGAGUGCAAUUACAUUUCGUGGCAGGAAUAUGUCAGAAAUGUAUACUGAUAUGCACAGGACUCGUCGAGAAUUUCAUACCGUUUGUACUUUGUAAAAAUAUUCGAAUGAUAUUCGAUAUUGUUUUUUAGAAGUGUCAGCUCCAUUAUGAUUUUACAAAGCACGAAAUUAAGGUCCCGUGAGAAAUAAUGAAAAAUUACCCAAUUCAGUUAGGUGUACAUACAAAUUGUGUGAUAUAACAUUGUUGACUAUAAUGUGUAUAUAAUACCAACAUUAAAAUAAUCCCGACGAUAUUGGGUAAGGAAAAAAAAAACAGUUACUACUAGAGGAGGAUUAUUUUGUUGUAUAAAAAAAAUCUUGUUAAUUA